GUUCCCACCCCAUCAAGUCAACGCUUUCUACGACCGAACUAACAACGAGAUGAUAUUCUUAGCCGGGAUUUUGCAGCCGCCAUUUUUUAAUAUCCAUUACCCAAAGUACAUUAACUACGCCACUAUCGGUCACGUGAUAGGCCAUGAGAUCACGCACGGUUUCGACACCGGUGGAUCGCGGUAUGACAAAGACGGAAAGCUGGAAAAUUGGUGGUCAAACGCCUCCUGGACGCAGUUUCAGACAGACGCCUCGUGCGUCGCUGACUACUAUUCUACUUACAAAUUGUCCGGGAUGCAGGUGAAUGGACAGUUAACCCUAACAGAAAAUAUGGCAGAUAUUGGAGGUUUGAAAUUAGUGAAAGAGGGAUACGAGUUAUGGGUCGCCGACCACAGUAAAGAGGGCACUCUCCCAGGAACCAAGAGAUCAGUGGAAGAACUCACUCUUAUUGCAGCAGCUCAAAAGAGCUGUGGACACGUAAGCCUUGAGAUGUUGAAGAGACAGAUACUGACAGGCCCACACUCUCCACACCAAGUGAGGACUAAUGGUGCUUUAUCCCAGCUACAGGUGUUUGCAGAGACGUUCAGGUGUCCCCCAGGAUCCAACAUGAACCCCCUAAAUAAGUGUAAUGUGUGGUGAAAACAAACAAAACCUGGGAGACUACACCACCACAGGCACUUACUCAGACCAACAGAAGUCAAAGUUUCAAUUUUUUGUUUUUUCCAUUGAAAAAAAGAGAGACAUUGCGAAGAUAAAAAAAAUUAAUCUUUGAUUCGAAAAAAUGAUUGCAUUAAAGAAGCCUUAGAGGUCAUUUGUUGCAAAGAAAAAAAUCUGAACUGGUUUCUAAAUGAGCUGUUGAAAAAGAGGCAUAUCUUGAAGUAGGCCAAAGAUGUACCCUCUACCAGGGCGACAGAUAUGUCUCUAGAUAAAUAGACAGUUAUUUUGGUCUGGAUUUUUUCGUUUUUCCCUAUAUAAUCUGCCACCCUGGUAAAGGGUACCAUGGAUGCAUAUAUAACCAGACGAACGCAUAGCCUAGAAUGGGGCUGGCCUUUGAAAUUGGACACAUAAUAUAGCCAGUUCUUGUGGAAAUUUAGUCAUACGUUCCAUACACAUUUUGUAAUUUGUAAAAUUUCAUGAUUUUUGUAAAAUAUCGAUAUUUAUGGACAACAGAGACGAUGUUGCGAAGGGUUAGAGCCUCAGUGCAACCUGUUCUAUACCUCUCCUCAUAUAUUUAUUAUUAUCAUUAUUAUUACUAUUAUUAUUAUGCUAACGUGGCGCAUUCCAUUUAAAACUCAGUGCGCCUUAUAAUUUAAGAGGCGGAUAUUACACAUUGCUAGUAAAAAGUUGAAAUUUAUUAUUCUUUUAGUUACUUAUUAUGAUUAAGAUUAAUUCAAAAGAGUGAAGAUAGAAAACAGUAAAACUAGUGUGUUAAUAACCGAAAACGAUGUAGAACAUGGGACCCUCCUGCUGUGGUUAAAUAAGUUUUCAAAUGCACUGCGCCUUCUUUUCUAUGGCAGUUUUAUGAAUACUACAUUAUCAUUUAAUAAUAUUCUCUGGCCUACUGACAGCCUCGAAGGGCUUUCGAUGUGUUUCGGACUAUCUCAUUUCAUUUUCGUAACUAGCCUGGCUGCAUAUAUUGUUAGAUUUGUUGUAGUUUGUUUAAUUGAUUUUGCUUUAGACCAAAAAAGACACUAUUACAGUUUUCGA